AUGCUUCCCGAGCCAGCCUUGAGCUUCACAAUCCCCAGUCUGCAUGACGGAACGAUUCUCGACUGUCGCAUCUACCACCCCGCGUCGUUGUGUGCAACGAAUGCUCGCGCUCCGCCAUGGAGGAGACACGCGGCUGUUGUUGCGCAUCCGUAUGCGCCUAUGGGCGGAUGCUACGAUGACCCUAUUCUGGAGAGUGUUGCGACGGGGCUGCUGAGGACGGGGUAUCUCGUGGGGACGUUCAAUUUCAGGUAUUUGCUUCCAUGGCAGGCGCAUCAACUGCGGCAAGAUCAGACGAAGCAACUAACGGCGAGAAGAGGCGCGGGACAUUCCGCCGGCCGGACGUCUUGGACGGCGAAACCAGAACGAGACGAUUACGCGAGCGUAGUAGGCUUCAUGGUGCAUUAUAUCCAUUUUCUGGAUCCGUUUUCGCAAGUUUCAGCGCCAGACGGCUCGAUAGAGGAUACCACCCACGCAGCAGAUAUACCUAGAUCCGUACCGUCCAGCACAUCCCCCACGGAAAUACCAGCGUUAUUGAUGGGAGGCUAUUCCUACGGCGCCAUGAUCACGGCGCAGAUCCCCCCGUUGAACAAGCUCCUCGAGCCCUUCGCAAGCCCACACGUCGACUCCAACGCCGCACAAAUACGCCUCCGGGCUCAACAUCUCGCGGAGCAACAAAACGUUAUACUGGGGAGCACACGCUCCGCCGUGAUACAGGUACGCAGUCCGCAUAGUCCCACGAGACGGCCGUGUGGUGUGCGUGUCGGCGGCGACGAGGGCGAUCGGUCACCGCGGAAGAGUCACGAGAGCGGUGGCCGGAGGAGCUUUUCGUUGGAUGCGGAGGAUAGGUUUCGGAAGGGAGUGCAUGAGUUUAUGGCCAAGAGGAGGGCCAAGCACCCGCACUUGCAUUUACAUUCGGGUCAUAGGAGAUCAGCGAGCUCUGAGAUGGUGCGGAAUAAUGCGAGGGAGCAAGAAGACGAGAAAGGUGGCGGUACUGUUGAAAUUGAGGAGGAAAAGUUGCCGGUAAUUACUGGGCUGUUACGUCCUCGACCAGCGUAUUUCAUGGUAUCCCCUCUGCAAGGCCUAGUCACACACCUGGCUACCAUGUCGUUGCUCCCGUCCCGGAUGAGACAUGAUAGUGAUGACGGGUCAGAGGAGAAACUGGUGCUGAAUCCGACGCUCGCCGUGUUUGGAGACAAUGACGUGUUUGUGCCGGUGGGCAGGUUGCGCGGCUGGAUGGCCAAGUUGGGCGGGAAUGCGGGAUCUCUGUUCACGGGGUAUGAAGUGGCUACGGCUGGACAUUUCUGGGUUGAAGAAGGUGUUUUGCAUGUCAUGACGGAGAGGAUUGGGGCGUUUGCGAGUGGGUUGAUAUGUGGUUGA